AAAGCUUUCGUCUUUAGCGCAUCGUCCAUGGCUGGGGAACAAAACGGAACCGCCAGCAGAGAUGAUUCGGAGCCGGGGUUCGGGACAGCAGAUGACCCGGCUGCUGAGUCAGUCCCUCUUCCUCUGGGGUCCACGGAUUACACUCGAGGGAAGAAGUUGGUUCUUCACAUCGACCUGAACAACACCAUCCUGGUGUCGGACGCUGUGACGGGUCAGGGGACCGUGGCUGCUUUGGACUCCUUCCUCACCGGUGUCACGUGGGGGAAGAAGAACAAACACGGUAAAUGGGAAUGGCUGAGUGACGCCGCCUCCCUGCACCCCCCCAGCAGCGACGCCGUCAGUUACUACGCUCAGUUUGGACGAACUCCAGGUUUCACCUCCGUUGCUGGGCGACGCUUCAAAGGGGUUUUGGAAGAGCAUCUGGAACUGCUCCGUUGGCCCGAGGGCACUAAGGCAAGUGAUGAGUGA